CUCUGGUCAGCUCUCAUGGAGCGCCGUUCAAAUCAUGAGGGAUGCAGGGUGCAGACCAGAAUCUGGAGAGUCCAGCCAUGUAAGAAAAGUGAGGUGGAAUAUAAGGAGUUAUUCUGACCUGAACUCUUACUACAGAAAGACUCGAACACAUCUGCAGAACUUCACAACACAGUAUCUUGUCAGAAAAGAAGUGGGAGGUCUUUAAAAAGGCUGUCUGUCAGCUGAGACAGCUAGACUUGGUUUGAACAGUUCUGAGCUGGAGGAGCAUAUCACGCAAAUGCUUUGAAGAAUUGCAGCACAUGACAAAGCGGCUCAGUUACCUCGAAGCAAAUGACUUGCUGUGGAGAAAAGCAGAAUACAUGAACCGGACCUUUUUGCUUCAAUGUGUGUGACAACGGAAUUUGGUGUUUUCCGCUGCCAAACACUUACCAGAUGACCAUCCUUGUGUCAACCCUGACUCAGAGCAAAGCUAAGUUGCAGGUUAAGUGUCUGUGUGUGCUUGUGUUCCUGAGCUUUCCUCUGACUAUGGCAGAGGUCCCCGGUCCAUGCAGGCACUCCAUCACUAGAGGGCACAUGCUGGCAAUCAGGCAUUUGAUUGACAACCAGCUCUCAAGUGGGUGCUCGAUAACCUACACAUUUAUUGAACAGAGGAGUUUGACCAAAUGUUGCUUUGUAAAAGCAGCAUUACCAUGGAUCCUGGAGCUCCUCACCACGCAUUUCAGAUACACUAGGGGUUCUGUUAAUGACGGGUACGUGCAGUCAUUGAGGGCACUCAUUCUGAACAUUUACUCUCAGAAAUGUGUUCCAGAGAUCAACGAGGAAGUGGAGGACAAGCCAGAGACUUUUGAAACACUCUACCAAGGCCCUCCUUCAGAAGCACUGCAGAAGGCUGCAGCUGUGCUCUCAGACUACUGGGAGCUAGUGACAACAAGUGACAAGCCAAUCGACUGGAGGUGCCAACAUGAAUACACAGACGACAUCGGCUCGACCACGGGGUCCGUCACAGAGGCCUACUCAGAAGAACACUUAACAAACAAGUACGACUGGAGUUCAGUGAAGGCAUCACAGAAAAGACCAGUCGCAGAUCUGUACAAGCUUGGCUUCAUCAUCGCAUCCAUCUGUGGAGGACUGCUCUUCAUGCUCACUCUCUAUUGUCUCAUCACGCAAAAGAAAACCCCCAUCACUCACAGAUCAAGAUCAGGUACAGACUCCAGAGAGCGAACAGAAAUCGAGAUGGAGCAACAAUAAUACGACAGCGGCGGCAGUGAACCUCUGAAGCCCUGAAUUUCGUCCAGCAUUUUAUUUCUGUAAUAAAUGUUGGUACUAUAUAAUGCUGAACUACUUAAUCAAAAAGUUUGCUUUGACUGAGAUGGAUAUUUUGGAAUAAUAUGCUGUGUAUAUUAUUUUUGUGCAUCAUCUACAACAGUUAUAUUUUGAGUCCACUAAAGGUAUUUCUCUACUAUGUACAUGUUCUUUCACUUGAUAAACUGUAUUGUUCUCAUGUUAAAGUUAUUUAUUGGUUUAACUUCAAUCACCUCAGCGACAAUAAAGCUUACCCAUAGA